CGUUACUGUUUUUGCCUGUGGCUGCCUGGGUGUUCGUUUCCCCACCCAUUCCUUUCCCUUUCAAUUCAACUUCCACAGAUCUUGUGGGGAAAGUGAUGAGUCUUCAUCAGAUUGGCACAUUGCUCAGUCAACAUUAGAGAGGGUGGAGUAGCAUAGUGAUUCAUUGUAAGCUAUGAGCCAAUAAGUCCUAGUGUCAAAUCUCAGCUCAUUCUGAAAGUAGCCUUAAGCAAACUCCCUCUCAUAGCUUUAGUGUUUUGUGUGCAAUAUUUUGUUUACUGUUUAUUACAUUUCCUCCUGGAACUCAAGGUGGUGGUGUUCAUAGGGUUCUCAGGUAGUCUCUCAAGAUCAGGCCUGGACCAGCUUAGCUUCAGAAGGGUUGCCCUUGGACCUGUGGGACUAAAACUGGUGUAUCUUACUGCAACAUUUCCAUUCUAGCUCACAUAAAUGUUUGCCGGAUGGCCAAAAUGCCCACCUAUAAAUAUUGGCCACUUCUGGUAUGUUUAUAGCCUUGGAGAAGAAAAUAAUUAUCUACCAAAUUACAAAUGCUUUGCUUUUUGGCUACCUGGAGACAAUUGUUGCUUGCCACAGGUGACCAGAUGAGUGGCUAUUUAUAAUUCUACUUUACAAAUUUAAGGAUAACUGUGGCUGAAUCACAUGCUAAUUGAUUUCUCAUCACUCAGUUGGUUAUAAUCUCUUGAGCCCCAGCUGAAUGUGUGAGCACUGAAAUAACAAUGUGCCUGAGGUAGUCUUGUUAGAUUUGGCCAUUUCAGUUCUGCAACUCAUCACUUGAUGUUGUGGCCAUCAAGUGAUGAUUAUGCAUAUGUGAAUUUGCCCUUUCAUAAUGUAUCUGAAGUAUUUGAAGUGCUUAAGAAAAGCACUGUAUAAAUUACAAUCGUGCCUUGUUCAUUCCGGAAGUCCAUUCAACUUCUGAAAACAUUCAGAAACCAAGGCACAGCUUCUGAUUGGCUGCAGGAGCUUCCUGCACUCAAUUACAAGCUGCGUUGGACGUUCGGCUUCCAAAAAACGUUUGCAAAAACAGAACACUCACUUCUGGGUUUGCGGCGUUCGGGAACCAAAACAUUCGAGUCACAAGGCGUUCGAGAACCAAGGAUGGCAAGUAGACUGCCAGAUCUUGAGGAGCAAGAUGAGGAUGAGUGUGAGCCAGCUGAGUCAAAGGGGUCAGAUAACACUGUGCGUUCCGACAGCACCUUUGGGACUGAAAGCCCAGAGGCAGGUGACGGUGGUCACCCUACCCCUGAAGAUGGAAGCGCAACAUGCUCUCAAUCCGUGAGAAGUGAAGAGCUUGAUUCUGAGCACCAGAUUAACUGUACAUUCUCAGUCUCGCUGGCUGUUCCAGUUGUAACUUCAACAAAUAAGCCUGCGAUGGCCUCUAGACAAUCUAUUUCAAGAACAGCAUCUAAAAUGAGAGACUCGUAUAUUCCAAAAAUGCAUCGUUUUUAUCAUAUUGAAUAUUUUCUUCUGCCGGAUGAUGUUGAACCCCGAAAAUUAGAUUUGGUGCUAUUUGGUCCAGUGGCUAAACUCUUUCUGGAAACAGAAUCUAAGCCAGAGACUCCAAAGGACAGUGAGCGGCCCAAGUCGAAAAAGGGAAGUGCGCUGCAUAUUUCAGUUGUGAGACCAUGGCUUGAAAACGACCAGAUAUGGGUGUCAUGGAAUCAUAGUGUUGAAAUUAAUGUUACCACCGACUUUCUAAUGAAGCUAAGAGAUCACAGUAUAAAGCUGAGAAUAUGGGACAGCAAGGAGAAGGUUUGUUCAAAAGCCAAGUAUAGUAAACCAAAGGCUACUGCACUACCAUCGGAUCAAGGAUCUCUUGAAGUAAAGCAAAUGAUUUUGCUUCAAAGAAACUUCUUGGAAAAACGUCAACCCAAAGCCAGUUACACAAAAAUUACACCACCAGAAGUGUCCCCCGUAUCAGUGAAGUCAGCAGUUGGCAUUAUAGAAGGUUCUCCUAGUUCGGCUGCAAGCAAGCACCUGGAUGAAGAUGCUGUCACUGAACAAAAAACUUCCCGUAAAUCGCUGAGUGCAUUCAGUAUUUCUGGGAGCAUACCCUCUUCUCUCAGAGAAAGAACUAAACAGGAGGCCAAAGCUUUAAAGCAGAAAUUGCAUUCAAAAGCUCGUACUAAAGCAACAGGCUCGGCAAUUUUGAAAACUAAUAUAGAAAAAAUGAUGGAACAUUCAGAAAGGAAGGAGACACCAGAUGGAGGGCACCAGCAGUCACCAGAAAAAAAGAAACCCUCACGAGUUUUAGACAAAAGAUCUGCAUCAAGCACCCAGAAAUCAACUACUAAAGAAAGUGCAGCUGCAACAGCUCUGGCAAAGAAGUUUGGAAUAGCUUUUUUAGAGCUGAACCUCAUGCCCCUCUUGUCAGGACAACGCCAAAUGGUCAGUCAGCUAGGAGAGAAAUGCCCUAAACUUUGCGACGCAUACCUUAGCUUUUCUGUUGAAGGGACGCUGAUGAGUGAGAAACAGAAACAUGAAUUAAAUCCACUGAUUAUUAAGAUUAACUCCGCAAGGUGCUUACCAGACACCCCUGUUCCAAUUAAAGUGCUACAGCGUUCAUGCCUUCCUAUUUACUGCAAGUACAAAUUCCAUAAUAUGGAGCCACAUCGGACGCAAAACCGGGAUCAUGGCUCUCAUGUCUUCUUUAAGGAUACCAAUGUGGUUCUUGCAGGAACAAUAAGACGUGACGAACUGGAGGAGUAUCUAAGAGGACCACCCUUGGAAAUCGAGGUUCAUGAUCGGGACAAAAUAUGGCAAGAUGUCGAUAUAAAGCCUUCGUUGUUUGGAGAGGAGCCAGGAGACCCCCGGCUAAGCCAUUUGAGCUCGGUCACUUCUAGAUAUGUGGCCCAGAAUCCCAUGAAAGGCAUGGGGGAAAUGUGGCACCCAUAUGGGGUAGCCAAAAUCCGCUUGGCUGAACUACUGCUAGGUGAAAAGGCCUUGAAUUUCUCUGCGCCAAUUCACAACUGCUCUGCUCGGGAUAUUGGUGCCACUCAGAAGGCUAAGACUGCUGACGGCUCUCCGGUGUCCCAGAUUCCAGUGGGGCAUUAUGUGAGCUCAGGGGCCUUUCUUAAAGUAAGAGUUGAAAUAGCUGUUCCAUUAAGUCCCCAAGAUGAAGCAGAGGACACCCAAGAUGAUUAUUGCCCCUAUGGCUGCAUCAUCUAUGUUUUCGACUAUAAAAACAGCUCUCUCAUAAGUUACUUGCUGCAGGAGAUUACAAAAAUCAAUGCAGAGGCUCUAGAACUGGAUUCGUAUCCUCUACGCAUCCUUCAUAAAUCUCUUAAUGCCUUAAAACUGAAUAACAGGAUGACUUACGAGGAGAUUUCUCAACUGGAUGUUCUUACUGGGUUUCAUAUUCUGGAUGGAUCCAUUCACCUUCUUAUCGUGGAAGGCUUAAAGAACAAAGCCCUUAAGAGGUUAUGGAAUAAACGAAUAGACAGGUUGCAUGAAUCUAAAAUUGGAAGAUUACAAAUAUUCUAUAACUCACACUUCUCUUUUCAUCAGCGCCUAUAUGUAGACCUUGAAGCCAUCCUGCUUCAUAUCCGUCUCUGCAAGCCACUAUCUAAUAUCGUGAAUCAGCCUUUGUUAUAUAUCAAGGACAUGGUUCCCCUUCAGUGUUUUGAAGCUCUAAUCAGGCUUGAUUCUAUCUGCCGCAGUAUGAAGUUAAGAGAUGUGGUCCAUCACGAUCUCUUGCCAUCUGCAGAAAUGAUCACAGUGUUGAGCCAAGAGUUUGGGAUCCCAUUGAAAAGGGAUGACUUGGUCAUCCAGCAAUACCCAGAGAUCUCAGGGAUAUUUGAUAUGCCACCAAAGGAUUCGUAUGUGAGAAAAUACAGGCGUUUCCCUCUAGAUAACCACAACGAAGAGUACAUACUUAGAAAAAGGGAAAUGGAAAGUCAGACACAAGAAGACUUUAUCCAGUCUAAUAUUGAGAAUAUACAUCUACUCAGCAAGAUGGUGAAAAGGGAAGGCAGGAAAAUCAUCAGGGCUUUCCCUUCUGAUGGCAAGUCCAUCUUUAAUUACAGUUGCCAGACGUUCAAUUCUGCAGAAAUUGCAAAGAAGCUGCUUCGUCAAGAGAUGGCAGAGUAUCCAGGCAAUAGGUUUACUUACAAUCAUGAAUAUCUGUCAGCCAUAUUUGACCCAGUAGAUGAAGACAGCGUGCUCAAGGAGUCUAUGCACCAAUCGGAGAUGAUGUGGCUCUCCCCAGGAGGGUUUGUGUAUCCUGGAUAUAAGAGCAGCCUCGAGUCCAACCGGCAUCCUCGUAGGCCUGACGAAGCACGAGUGAUGGAGCUGCGUGAGACAUGGCAGGAGCACUUGAAAGCCAGUGACAUGACAAUUCCGGACCGGGACAGAUGGCCUUGGGACAAGAGACAUGCAGAUUUUGAGCUUUACAAAAAGAAGCCUCCAUGUGCCCAUGUGCUUCUUGAUACUCGGAGAGAAGAGCCUCCGAAAGAGAUACAAUGCAACACUGCAAUGAAAGUUCAUCGAUGCUCCCCAUCGACAGAGCUCACUGCAAGUGGACCCAAAGCCAGCUGCCAGCUAGCCAGGCUCCAGGGACUCCUGAAAGAUGCACCGGCCAAGCUGUCCCUAAGAAUGCUGCCUACCCCAGUUGCUGGAAUGGCAGACCAAGUGGAUGUGGAGAGGAUCUCCAAAGCAUUUGUUCCUGGCGAUGAUCCACUCCUCAGCCUGAAGAGGAAUGACAAUAUAGUUCCAUGCUAUGACAGGAAACAUGAUACAUUUAAAACGCUGAAGGGAGAUGAUUUCAGAUUGAUUUGUCGUAAGCGAUCAUUUCGGUACAGGGGGCCGCCUCUGCAGAAAUUGGUCUUUAAGGAAGGAAUCCAAAUAGCAGAGGAUACACAGGCUGCAGUAACGGCUGCCCCAGAGCUGAAUGGCUGAAGUUUAACAAAAGGGACUUUUCUACCAUUGGCACCAGAAUAGCUGGAACCUGAUCAUGAUUGCAGACUUUCUAAAGAACCUCCUUUAAGUAGCAUAAACAGCUUUAUACUAUACAAAACUUGUUCGAUACCUGGCUGUUGUGAAAUAUGUUGCAAUACACAUGGCUCAGCAAUUUACAGACUGUGCCUAGGUACUUACAUUGGCAGGGUGGUUCAGACUAGAAGGCUAACAACAUUCUAUCUCCUGCUGCACCCAGUUGGCUUGGGCGAUGUACUGAUGAGUGCAAUGGCAGCUUCAACCGGCAGUAUACCACAAGUGAAACCACCUCCAAACCCAGGAACAGGCAGCCCCAGCCUUGAGAUUGGGUGGAUGGGUGAAGGGUGCUUAAAAUCAGACAGGAUUCAAGAGGAGUAAUCGGCUUCCCUGAAAGGAAAGGACUGUGGUGCUGGAGAGGCUAGCGAGCGAUGCAAA